ACGAACAUCAGUCACCGAAACACCGACAUUAAAUCGAGGACGCUCGUUUUCAUUUUCAAGUUUCAGCAUUCAGCAAAUCUAAUAAUUCUAAGUAUUUGAUUAAUCGCUCGGUUAUAUUCUCUUCCUCCUGUAAGUGUCUCUCUAAACAUAGCUAUAAGAUUCUUUGUUAUAUUUAAUACAAAAGUAUACUACCAACUUUAGGACAAGCAUGUCUGCUUUUACAACUCCUCGCAAGUCUCUUCGGUUACGUAAAAAUGAACCAUCGCCAUUUUUAACAAACCGAAAACGUGAAUUAUUCCCAGUAGAUAAUUGGGAUGAAGACAGCCAUGACAUUAUUCCUCUGCAAUCAUCUCCUGAAGUGUAUGAUCCUGGACUUGAUUCUCCAGAAUCGUCGAUUAAUAUGAAUUGCACUCCAAUCACUGAAUUAAGUCCAUCUAUGAGUGAUAAGUUUGAAAGACUUAUGUCGGGAUCAAAGAAUGGACAUGAAUGUUCAGCAACAAUUGUCAUUGAGGAAACUCCAAAUUCUAGACGAAUUAAAAAUGUUAACACAACACCAUUUGAAUCAGAGACUAACAAAGCAGCUAAAACUCCUUCAAAGAAAAGCUUUGGUUUAAAUAAUAAGACUGCAUUAGGAGUAAAAACAAUAACAUUUUAUGGCAGCAAUCAAAUAUCAUUGGAAGAUCUUCGUGUUAAAAGAUUUACCCGCUUGAAUUAUAAUCCAAAGGUAAAAGCUAAACUGUUUAAAGAUACAAAAUCAACGAGUAAGAAAAGACCAAGAUCAACCAGUCAAGAACAAAAAUCCAAAAUAAUUUUGUUUCCUGGUGUCACAUUGCCAUUCAAAAAAAAAUCUUCUGUAAAAAAGCCAUUCAUCAAAACAGAAUUAUGUGAUGAAAAGGAUGAUUUAAUUGAAAACAAUGAAGUAAUUAAGAAAAACAAUUUUGAUUUUUCAAAACCAUCUUCUUCUUCAAAAAAUGUCUGGACUCAAUAUAUUAAACAGGAAAAACCUGAACGUAUAAAAAUUGAAGAUUCUGAUAACAGAAAAUUUUUUAAAUCUAAAGUAAUUCAUAAUGAUACAUCAAACAGAAAAGAUAAUAGCUUUAACUUCAAAGUUGUAAACUGGGGUGAUGAAAAUAGAAUGAGCACUGUUGAUCAAUCUGAUUUUAACAACACAGAAGUACUUGAUGAUGGUGCACUUGAACAAAUUGGACAAGAAGUUAAUGAAUUAAUAGAAUUGUUAGAUGAUGAAGAUGAUGACGACGAUUCUACAGCUGUACGUUACCCUGGUCUUGCAACAAAUUCUACUAAAAGAAAUCAUGAAGAUCAAGAUGAUGAAGAUUCAUAUAUGGAACUAGAUCCAAAACGUUUGAAGUCAGAUGUACAAAGUCACAACCAUAUUAUUUUAAGAAGCCAAAUGCCAGAUUUAAUUAGAGAUGCUUAUGCUAGUGAUGAGAAUUAUUAUUCAGCUUAUUCAUCACAAAAAGAUGUGUCAAAUACAUUUGAAUUAAAUAAUAUGGUCUUAGAUGAACCAAUCGAUACUUCAAAUAAUGCUUCUGUAGUUAUAAAUGAAUCACCUCAAACAAAGUUUUUCCCUAUUUUUACCAAUCAAACACCUUCACCUAGUCAUAUUACAUGUGAAAAACCUACGGCACGGAGAAUUAAAAGAAUUAUUGAUGCUACUCAAUAUCAAAUUGAUGCAGGUCAAAAGAAAUUCGGUGGAUUUUUGUGCAAACAAUGUGGUCUUUAUUAUUCAAGAGGUGAACCAGAAGAUGAAGCAGAACAUGAUAAGUACCAUGUAGCCAAGAAUAUCUUCAAGUAUAAUAGCUUUAAAAAUGAAAAAGUACUUUAUCAGGACACUAAUGAACGUAUUGUUGUCAUAUCUGGAUCAGAUCCUAAAAUAGCAUGUACUAAGGCUUUAGAAGUUAUAUCAUUUGUUGAUGUAGAACUUGGCUUUAAUACACAAACUUCUGUUUUACCUACGACUAAAAAGGUUUAUUUGUAUAUAAAAGAUAAACAAGUGAUAGGAUGCCUUGUAGUAGAACUAAUAUCUGAGGCUUAUCGUAAUCUAGAAACUGAAACAGAAGAUAUGGUUAUUGUUUCUGAAGAAUCAUAUCCUGUAAAAGUUGGUGUUAACCGUAUUUGGACAAAAUGGGACUGUCGUAAAAAAGGAAUUGCUUCAAAACUUCUAGACUGUUUCCGUAAAACCUAUGCCUAUGGUCAUAUAUUGACUCUUGAUGAAAUAGCAUUUACAGUACCCACUCGUGCCGGAAAACAAUUCAUUAAAAAAUACACWAACAAGAAUGAUUAUUUAGUCUAUACUGGAUGGUAAUAAUAAGUUUUCAUUUCUAACAAUAAUUUAAAAUAGAUUUUUUACUAUUUAUAAUUUUUUUAUUGUUAAGAUUAGAGUAUUAAAAUAUGAUAUUUUUAUGUAAUUUUAAUAUUUAAUAUUGACCAACUUUUUAAUACUAGAAACUUAUUUGAUUACUACAUCAUUAGAUUUUCUUCAAGUACAAUGUUUUCAUAACCU